UAGCUUUAGCCUUGCAAGCACUCAGUUGGUGCAUGAGGCCAAUUUUUUCUCAACCCUCUGAUGUUACAAUGCACCACCUCCUUUCUUUCAUCUGCAUUGAAUAUUUGGAUACCAGCAUUGAAUAACUCCUCGUUAGAAGAGAAAAGCAGGCUGCUAGAUGCAUUCGUAGCUAGCCUGUUAUUGACAAUGCUCAUGUUCCUUUAUCAAUAGGAUUUUAAAAUUUACAAAGCAUAUUUCCAAACAGUGAAAUUAAAAUGAUGGGCGAGUGGGCGUGUUGGUAAUUAUUCAUAACGAAGGUGGCAGUGCACGGUUGAAACACACAAGUAGGACGAGAUGGGACGAAGUGCUUCGUCCAUCUCGCUCUCCCCUGUGUUUCAGCAGUGCACUGCCAACUUCACAGUAAAAUAAAUGCAACGCUUGGAAUGCUUUUCUGGUAAUUUCACAUUGAAUGUCUAGUCAGCACUUGUUUUCGACAAGUGUGAACAAGGUAUUUACCUUGCAUGUACACUGAAACUUUGCUAGUUGCCCCUCUGGCAUUUAUUCACUUGCCAGAAAUGUUUAUCAUGGAGUAUAGCAUGAAUAGAAUUGUGACAUUCAUGCAAUUGUAGCAGAUUGCUACAAAAGAAAUUCAUUCUGCAACAAUGAACUGUGGAAUUGUAGCUUUGAAGUUCAGUAUAAAUACUGGAGCUUUUGUAAGUUUGUUUUAUAUAGGAGUAUACUGUGCUCCACAGCCAGUGUAUGGCUGCGAUUAAUGCUAAUAGGAAUCAUUACGUGAUGGACUACACGUAUUGCUUUCUAGGAAUAACCUCGAGUGAAGCAACAAGUAUGCCCACAUUUGGCCAGGGAGACAAAGGCACAGCAGGGACCCAGUUGUCAGAGACAAACUCGCCACAAGGUGAACAGACAGCGCAAGAACGGCCACGAAACUCGCCUCAUGAUUGUUGUGUAGAGAAGAACUUCCAGCGGCAUGUGCUACGACUGCUGAACACGCUUCGCUUCAUGCUGGAACAGCAAGCGGACACCCUGAACAAGUUGUGCGAUAUGCUUCCCACUUCUUCAGUCACCGAAUGCGCAGAGCUCUUAGGCCAUCCGCUAAGCAGUCUUGAAGAACUACAAGAGUUCGACGACAAGCUCGAUGCUGGAAAAUUUAAGAUCCUGGUUCAUGAGUUGGCACAGCUUGGUGGGAAAGAUGCCUACUGGGCAACAAAAAGAAUCUUGUCAUACUGCAUCACAGACGAGGUUGCGGCACAAUUUUCCUGGAUGGGUCGAAAAGGAAAACUGAGCUUCUCCGCCUUGAAGAUUGCUAAAGCCAUAACAGAUGCUGCUCGCAAAGCGCCAAACGCAACCGCUGCCGACGUUGAGGCCUCUAUCAAAUCGUGGCUCCGACAUGCCCCCGAGCGCCUUGCCACCAGGUUUCAGAAGUCAAAGCAAGGACAACUUGAGCAAGCAGCAGAUACUGACUGAAACUUUCGCCACGGCCCAGCUUCUGAUUCCCUGGUCGUUCUGGGGAUAUUGAUGGCAGCAGAUUGAACUUUUAGAUGUUUUAUGCCCUCACUUUGUCAUAGUGUUGUGAUGCUCCAGAGCUUCUGGUCUUUAUGUUUAAAUUUAAUGUCUUUAAAUGUUUUAGAUGUAUGUCUCAUGCACUCAUGUUUUAGGUGCUUUAUAGGUUUAUUUGUAUAUGUAGAGCCAUUGAAUUUAGCCAUGACCAUUUGUAUGGAUAUUGUUGUGCUUGGCGAGAUUAAUGGGGGUGACAGAUUGAUGGUAUGUUUCUGUGAAUGAAAGUGCCCUUAUGUAUUGUGUCUGGGGGCAAGAAAAAAAGUCUUUCAUCAUAUCGUGCUUAGGAGGAUACAGGGUGUCCCAUGUAACUUUAGCCAAACUUUAAAAAUAUGCAAAUGCCACCUAGCUCAACAGAACCAAGGUAAUGCUGUUUGCGGUCGCUUAGAGAUACUCAGAAUAUUUUUUUGCAUUCCACAUAAUUGCAUAAUAAGUCUUAAUUAAUUAAUCAACUUCCGAAAUAUUAAAAU